AUGAGUGAAGGAAGAGAGGCUUUGGUGGUUUGUAGUGAUAGGAGUUUAAAAAUUGGGAUGACAAUUCGGGAUAUUGAAACUGGGGAUCAAAUUCUUCGCAUACCAAGUUGUGCGGCUUCUCCCCAUGGCUUAUUGUGUUUGAGAAAUCAAUAUCUUGCAGCUUCUCAGGUUAAUAGACAUGGCUCUCUUGGUGGCGGCACUAUCUUCAUGUGGGCAUUAAACAAGCCUCAUCCCCCGCUUCGAAGCUACACAAUGGAAGCCAUGGGACCGAUUUCUUUCUCAAAGGAUGGUGUGUAUCUUGCUGGUGGUGCUCCUUCGGGGAAUGCUUAUCUUUGGGAGGUUGCUAAUGGAAGACUGCUCACUUUUUGGUGCGCACAUUAUAAAUCUAUAAAGUGCAUGGUCUUUUCUGAUGAUGGAUCCCUUCUUAUUACUGGUUCAGAUGAUGGUAUGAUCUGCAUUUGGUCUAUGAUUAGUUUGUCGGAAAUGGAAGAUUCCGGGAGCGUAACUUCUUUAUUACAUUAUUCAUCGGAGCAUAAGUCCUCUAUAACUAGUUUGCUAAUAGUAUGCGAUGUUACAAGUUCAAUUUUUGUAUCUAGCUCCCUUGAUGCAACAUGCAAGAUUUGGGACCUAAUCUCAGGAAGGCUUAUACAAACACAAGUUUAUCCAGUAGGAUUAACUGCAAUUCUUGUUGAUCCAGUAGAGCUACUCAUGUUUGUAGGAAGUGUCGAUGGAAGAAUAUUUGUUAAUAGGCUUGAAAUUGGGAUAGUACUGGAGGAUCCUAUCAUUGUUGCGGAGGAUCGGACGUCUGGCAUGCUUAAAGGACACAAUGGAGCAAUAACUGCAUUGACCUUCAGUGCAUCCUAUCUGAUAUCAGCAUCAGAAGAUAGAACUGUGUGUCUCUGGGAUGUCAAUGGUAGGGUGAUCAUUCGAAGAUUCGACCAUAAAAAAGGACCAGUAACUAAUCUGUUAGUGAUUCCAAAGUCCUCACUACUUUCAUUGUCAAACCAUCAAAGAGUAUCGAAUAAGUUCCGCAUUUCUUUGCUAGAUAAGUAUCCUCAACCAGACAGCUUGUCAAAGGGAAUGAUUACUCUCCUCCAUUCAUAUUUUUCUAGCAACGAUGAUCAUUUUUCCAUUAAUCUACAAGGAACCAAGUCACUAUAUCAGUAUAUGUGUGAACUACAGCAAGAAGGAACACCUGCAGCCAUGCAAAUGAAAGUGGAAACAAGCACAGAUUAUCGGACAUGGGCCACUAGGAUGACGAAGCACGUGAUGGAGAUGAAUAAGCAUUUGCAAUCUAGACUGCUGGACCUUAUGCAAUGCCGAUUGUUAUGGUCCAGAGAAGCGGACUCACCCGCAACCAGAAACAGAAAGAAGCUCAAGAUAGAAAGCCCGGGAAAACCUAAGGGAGAGGCAACGACGAUUGGGGGGCAAUUGCAGUCAGCGAUGUUGGAGGUUUUGGUGGGGGGAAGCCGACGAUGCUAUUGGUGGUCUUGGGGUGGUUUUCGACGUCGGGACAUGCAGGAAUUUGGAUGA